AUGAGGUUCACAGUCAACAACAACGCCCUACUUCUUGUGGCCGCUAGCAUUAUCACAAACAUCACAGGCACAGGAAGGGUAUUAGGCCACCCAACCGACGAUAAGCUCGUCCAAAGCAUGGUGGCGAGCCACAUCCUGGAAGGGAGACUUAACACGAAGAGUCAAUGUGGUUAUUUCGCCGACCCCCACAAUUGCGUUCCCGCCAUCUGCCGCUGCCAAGACGACCGCUACUAUGCGCUCAACCGGGACAACCUAAAAGCUGGUAAGCACGGGUGCGACCCGCCCUGGGACAGGUACCCUGGGGGCCCUUGUACGCUGAAGGUGUCUUGCUGCCCGGUGCCAACAAAGUGGGGGAAUUACGAUGAUAAUCCUGUUUUGACGUGA